AUGGUAGACAGAAUCCUCGAGACAACGACGGCGCCUCAACUACAAGUGGCAAUGUUAGUAUCUCACGCAAAGAUAGUUAACUUCCGCAAUGUUGAUAGCAAACAGUCUAUCCAUGAUUCUCUUUUUUCUUUGCGAUCGAGUAUCCUUGAUUAUCGGAAGGAAAAUGGACGCACGUAUCAUAGGGUCAGUGAUGGGAAGUACUAUCUUCCUAACGAUGAGACGGAACAGGACCGUUUAGAUUUCGCCAACCAUUUGUGGAUAAUUACUUGGGAUGGGAAGCUAUGUAAUUGCCCCAAAGUCGAGGGCGCCAGGCGAGUCUUGGAUGUUGGAACUGGGACGGGCAUCUGGGCCCUUGAUUAUGGUAGCGGAAGCUCACCCCGAAGCAAGAGUAUGUCAGAGGAACUAUUUUCCGAAGCACGAAAUUCCAUUGACGAGGCAAGCCAGGUUAUCGGUGUUGAUCUAAGCCCUAUCCAACCCAUCUACGUUCCGGUCAAUUGCCGCUUUGAAAUCGAUGAUCUUGAGGAAGAAUGGACUUGGACAGAGCUCUUCGACUUCAUAAUGAUCAGAUCAAUGGUUGGAAGUUUCAAAAGCUGGUCCGACACCAUCAAGCAAGCCUACGACAACCUGGAACCGGGAGGGUAUCUCGAGAUCCAAGACAACGAGUUUCCCAUCUUCUGUGAUGAUGGUUCCAUGCCUGCAGACUCCCAAGUCCUGAAGUGGACUCAGCUCGUUAUUGAAGCCACGAACAUUGUGGGGAAGUCAAUGACUGUGGCGCCUACCUUCAAGCAGUUGCUCGAGGAUGCCGGGUUUGAGGAUGUCCAGGGGCGACAAGAGAAAUGGCCAAUUAGUCCAUGGCAGCAAAAAGAUUUGAAACAGAGGGAACUGGGAAUCUGCUGUAGAGAGGGUACCUUGGAAAGCCUUGAGCCGAUUUGCAUGGCCUUGUUCACACGCGUGCUUGGCUGGAGUCGAGUGCAGGUCCUGGUGUUCUGUGCAGGGGUUAGAGAGGAAUUGAUUCACCAAAGGGUUCACGGCUACUUCAAUGCGUACGCUGCCUGGGGACGGAAGCCUCAGAAGAAAGCAAGGCCAGAGACUACCUAG